AUGGGGAUGCCUCCGGCGCUGAGCCUCCAUCCUAUCGGAGCAACGCGCAUGUCUGAAGGCGCCGGAAUGUUGGCCUCGAAAAACAUGUACGCCUCCCACGUUUGCAGCGAGCGGCGGUCGAAGCCGUUGGCCGCCGCUCCGUCGCCGGGGAACCGCUCGCACAUUGUCAUGGAUGGGGCUGGGAGAGAGCAGAGGUUCCUCGACGGCGGAGAGAGACACAGAGCACAAACUAGACAAGAUUAUCUAACACUCCUCUUCUUGGCACUCCCGCUCGCCGCCGCACAGCCGUGGCCGCGUUGCGACCCCAGCAGCGGCAACUACUCGGCUGGCAGCGCGUACGAAACCAACCUCCUAAACCUCGUCCUCACCCUCAGGCAGGACGCCUCCUCCUCGGCGUCCCGCUUCGCCUCCGGCACCCUUGGCGCCGCCCCGGACACCGUCUACGGCCUGGUGCUCUGCCGCGGCGACGUCACCGCCUCCGAGUGCCUCGACUGCGGCACCUCCGCCUAUGAGAAGGCCACGACGGCCUGCGGCCGCCGGAUCAGGGACGUGGCACUCUGCUUCAACCCGUGCUACGUCCGCCUGUCGGACAACAACUUCCUCGCCUCCGCCAACAACUCCGGCGAGAUACCUCUCAUCGGCGGUACCAGCAUCAGCAGCAGCGACGUCGCGGGCUACGACCGGGCGCUCACCGGCCUCCUCAACGCCACGGUGCACUACGCGGUCGACAACUCCACGCAGCUGUUCGCCACGGGGCAAUGGGUAGGGCCCGACCCGGGGUUCAGCCACAUCUAUUCGGCGGCGCAGUGCGCGGGGGACCUGUCGCCGGCGCUGUGCCGGAGUUGCCUCCAGGGCCUCUUGCGCGGGUGGUUUACCAAGUUCCGCUUCCUGCCCAACGGGGAUGGCUCCAGGGUCGCUGGCUCCCGGUGCACCUUGAGGUCCGAGGUGGGGAAGACCUUCUUCAACGGCGCCGCCAUGGUCCAGCUCCCGGCCAAGGCUGCCGCACCGCCACCAGCGGCGACGGCUGUGCCAGUACCAGGCACUACAGGAGCUCCGGUGUCGGCAGAUGUCAACAAAAUAGCUCUGAUGGUUGUAGCAAAACCAUUUGCCGGUUCCAGCUCCGGCGUCGGCCGGUGGAAGCAAAAUUGCUCGCUGGUUGUAGAAAACUAG